AUGGUGAUAUACCGUGUAGUGGUGCAUCAAGAGCGUUUGUUCCUCUGUGGCGACGCCCACCGAACUAUCAUCCGAUUGGUGGGAACCAGAGGAUCCAGCAAACCUGUUCCAUUGGCUGAGAAAUCAAUUUGUCGUGUUGUGAAGGAAACGUGCGGCUGCUGCUGCAAAACCAAAGAGGAAAAAGCGGAAUACUCUGUUAACUGUCCCACCAGCGUCGGAGCUCUGCUAUUGGUGCGUCUAGAAGCCCCAUCAUCCUCACCCAGUUCCUGGUACUGUUCAAACGUUGUCGUGACAACACCUGAGGGCGGAGUCUCACUGUUUCCCUGCUACCAGUUUAUCAGCUGUGGGACAUUACUGGCUCUGAGGGAUUCCAAGGCCAAGUUAGUUUUCAGUGAUGUACUACCGGGUGAACUGGACGCUAGGACAAAUGAGCUGGUGCAGCGUUGUCAAACAUAUCGAUGGAGUUGCUAUGACGACCAUCUCCCAGACACGAUGUCUGGUGAGGACAUCAUGUCACUUCCCGCUGAGGCCCAUUUUUCUGUGUCGAAAGCCUUGGACAUGGUUCUGACUGUCAGCAAAAUAUUGGUGGAACUGGGUCUCCAUAGCUUCCUGUGCUCCCAGCGCUGGUCUGGGUUCUCUCAGAUCCAACAGCUUUGCCGGCAGAUCGAGACACCGACCUGCAGGUUGGUGGAGCGUUUCUGGAAGGAGGAUUGGUUCUUUGGACACCAGUUCCUGAAUGGGGCCAACCCGACUCUGAUUUGCCGCUGCACUGAGAUCCCACCCAACCUGGCUGUUACUGAGGAGACAGUAGGGGCGUCUAUGGAGGGCGGGGUCAGCCUGAGGGAAGAGAUGGAGAGAGGAAACAUUUUCCUGGUGAAUUACUGGCUUCUCGAUGGACUUACAGCCAACACGGUGAACGGGAAGCAGAAUUACCUGACCGCUCCCAUGAUCCUGCUGCAUAAGAACUCCAAUAACCAGCUGCUGCCCAUCGCCAUCCAGCUGAAGCAGUCUCCUGGCGACACCAACCCAGUCUUCGUGCCUCAUGAUUUGGAAGCUGAUUGGCUGAUGGUUAAAACAUUUGUUCGCGCUGCGGAUUUCUCCGAUCAUGAACUGCGAUCUCACUUCCUGCGCACUCAUGUGAUGUCAGAGCUCUUCGCCAUGGCAACUCUGCGUAACUUUCCCAUGGUGCACCCUCUCUACAAGUUGCUGGCUCCUCACUUUCGCUUCACUCUGGAGAUCGACACUUUGGCUCGUCAGCUGUUGCUCUCUGAUGGAGGAUCACUCAAAGAGUACACAGCGGUGGGUGGAGUGGCCACUCUGGAGUUUCUGAGGAAGGCAUCGGCCUCCCUCAAAUACCCAGACCUUUGUUUACCUGAUGAUAUCACCGGACGUGGCAUGGAGUCUGUUCCGGGGUAUUAUUACCGUGACGACGGCUUGCAGCUGUGGGACAUCAUUCACCGGUAUGUGGAGGGCAUUGUCAGCUACUAUUACUGCAGUGACGAUGAUGUCAGCAGAGACUCUGAGCUGCAGAGCUGGAUAAAUGAGAUCAUCGUGUUUGGUCGCCUGGGACACCAGAGCAAAGGUUUCCCAAAAUCCUUUGCUUCUGUGGUUGAGCUGACAUACUUCGUUACCAUGGUUAUCUUCACUGCAUCAGCGCAGCACUCUGCAGUUAACAACUCUCAGCUGGAUUAUUUUGGAUGGAUGCCAAACGCCCCCGUGGGUCUCCAGCAUCCUCCUCCGGCCAUCAAAGGGGGCUGCAGUGAACGCAUCCUGCUGGACAGCUUCCCUGAUGUAAGCUCCACCGUACAUGGCCUGGCCACCGUGUACCUGCUCAGCAAGAAGCCUGCAGACUUUGUUCCUCUGGGCGGUUCCGGUGAGCAGCACUUCACCGAGAGCGUUCCUCUGGAGAUGCUGGCUCGUUUCCAUAGCGACCUGAAUCGCCUGAGCCGCGACAUCAGAGCGAGGAACGCCGGCCUGAAGCUGCCGUACGUCUACCUGGACCCAGCGUUGGUGGAGGACAGUGUGACGCGCUGAUGUAUAAGUAUAAUGAGUCUAUAAUGAGUUAAUUUAGCAUCUUUAACCUCACGGCCAGCCGUUACUUU